AUGCUACGCUGCAACAUUUCUCAGCGGGUGCCGACACACCCGGUGGUGUCUGUCAAGUCGGGGCUUGUCUUUGAGCGCAGCCUCGUCGAGAAGUACGUUGACGAGCAUGGCCGUUGCCCCGUCACAGGGGAUCCACUACGCAAGGAAGAUCUCAUAACCGCCCAGGGCGCCGCUCCAGAUGCGUCCAUCGCUUCAAGUGGCAGUCUCGGGGCUGCUUCUGUCCCCACGCUUCUGGAGCGCCUCCAGGUGGAGUGGGAGGGGGUGGCGCUGGAGCAGUUCAGUCUCCGCCAGCAGGUAACGCAGCUGCAGCUGGAGCUGGCGCACGCGCUACAGCAGUACGACGCCGCCUGCAGGGUGAUCGCGCGGCUUAGCAAGGAGCUCGAUUCUCUCCGCGGAGGCGAGGCUGUGGCUGCCAAGGAGGCUGACAAGGGCCCCGCUGUAGUGGUGGUGCCGGCGCCGGUGCUGCGACGCAUGGACGCCGCCGAGGCGGCAGAGCGUCAGGCACGUAAACAGCGCAAGGCGGCGGCGGGCUCGGCGGCGGCCACACCGUCGCAACUCACGGAGGAGGCGCAGUGGGUUGCUGUGUCGUCGUCAACGGUGCCCGCAUCCUCUGCGCGCUCGGCCGUGCGCGUUGCUGCGGCGGCUGACGCCAGCAGCUCGGGCGUCUUCGUCAGCGCCAUCGCGGGCGAUCACGCUGUUGUGCGGUACAGCCCCGGCGGCUUCAGCGAGGAGGCGCGUGGAGUAGGGCACACGGCCGCCGUGCACACACUGGCGAGUCAGCCGGGUGACAUCCUGCUCUCCGCCGCGGAGGACCUGACGGUGCGUGUGUGGUCGACGAAGGGCGCUGCGCUGACGGUCAUGCACACGCUGCGGUACGCGAGUGGGGUGGUUGCCAUGAGCCAGCGGACGGUGGGUGGGGCCUACAUGCUCUGCGGAGCCGCGGAUGGCGUCCUCACCCUCUCUGACUUGGAGAGCGGCGCGCACGUUGUGGCGACGGCGCCGCUGACGCUCGACACGACAUCGGGGGCGCUGACGUGUGUGGAGCUGCACCCGUACGCCUCUCUUGCAGCCGUGGCUUUCCAGCCAACGGAGCUGCAACUCUGGGAUGCACGCGAGAUGCGCGCAGACACCUUCAUCUCCCAUGUGCGGGGCGCUGCUCCGCGCACGCACAUCUGCAGCGCCAGUUUUAGCGCGGACUGCGUGUCCCUCGCGGCUGGCCUCUCGGAUGGCUCGGUGUACGUGUGGGACCUUCGCCAGGUGUUGGCCCCCGUAGCGGUGCUGCCGCCGAGCACCGACGCCGUCCCAGCCACAGUACGUUACGCCCCAGACGGACGCUCUCUCGUCGUUGGCGGACACGGUGUGGCCUUAUACAACUGCGCACGCCUGUCGGCCUCGUCCACCGCGGUUGAAGCCGUUGCGACGGCAGGACUGAAGGCGAGUGCGGUGUGCGACGUGUGCUGGACGACGAGCGGUACCGAUGUGCUGUGCGGCACCGUGGACGGCGUCGUCCGCCUGUACUCCACCGCAGUCGGCGCAACGUAG